AUGACAGUGAUCCAUUCCAAGCUGCUCAUCCUGAUUAGCAAAUAUGCCCAAGCGUCAACAGGACCGGAUGUGAAAGAAACUUGGAUCCGAGAGUUGCCUCUUUUGGUUUUGAUCUAUGAAGGAAUCAUUUCAGGAGUGUUUGAAAUCGAUUAUAGCCCGCAAUCAGUUACCAUCAGCCAUGCUGGGAUAACCAGAAGGCAAUUUCUCAAUAUUUCACAGGAAGCAAAGUCCUGCAUAGACGAAUUGCGUGAAAACAAACUUCUCAAUGGUCUGAAGAUUGCUACUGAGGAUUUUCAGCCCAUCACUGCAUACCAAGUGUCCACCUCUGGGAUUAAGGUCUGCAACAAUCAUCUUCUUGAAUUUCGACUUGACAUCGUUGCACACUAUGACUCUGAGCUUCUUCACUGCAGCUAUGACGGAGACGCUUUCUUGUUGACAACAAGAUCUGGAUACCAGAGACAAUCAACCUGCUCAGAUGUAGAAGAUGUGAGCUACGUUACCAGUCCCUUUCUGCCGGCCAACCUUCGAACACCCUGGGGAAAGCCGCUAACGAGCAACACGCACAGAGCACAUGAAUGUGCUCUAGGAGUGACGAAUGUGAAAGACGAGCUGAAUGAAGCCCUACGGCUUUCAAACGUGAACAUACUUGUUGGAGAAUGGGUGCCUUUUGGGGCAAACAACAUCGUGGCUCUGAAUGAAAGGCUUGGAGCUCUGGACCGUUGUCAAGGAGGAUUUUUCACGUCGCUGGUUGACAAAACUCCGCUCAAUACAAACUUCAAGAUAUCCCCAGGACUCACGUCCGUGAAAGUGAUUGAUUUCGAUCUCGUGCACUUUAUCAACAUCGAGACAGAGAUCAACUUCCCUGAAGCGACAGGCAUCGUGCAGGUCGAGAAUUUCGGAAUGCACCUGAACAUGGAUGGGACCGCGUUGAAUGGGAUGAAGAUAGAGGCAGUGAUGGACAGAGCAGCAACCAAUGUAUCGAUUGACUUGCUUGCAAGAAUCCUCGUGGAUAUUCAGCUAGACUCCAGCAAAAUCAUGGACGAUCUGCUUUCUGGGUAUCAAAGAUCUUUGAUGGACAUGAUGUUCAUCGGGGACUCGUCAAAUCGCAGCAAAGUCAAUGUCAUCGUAGCUGAUAUGAUCCACCCCAAGUUGCCCGCUGCCCACUACUUGGAUCGAGGUUUCCUUGAGAACGAGCUGAAGCAAGUGGUGGGGGAAAUCUACGCAGCCGAAGAUAUCAGUGACGAGAACAUUAUCAUCAUCGGAAAGAUUGGGAUCAUGUUGUGUGGGCCAGAUGCCUUGAUCCUCGAGCCCUUCCUCCUCUACUACACAUCGCUGCUCUGUCGGGAGGCGUUCGUCAGGAAUUUCUUCUUGCGGACCUUCAUCUUGAACGACACUCUCAACAAGAUCAGGCAGCUCACUUUGCAGUACCACACCGACCCCGACAACGUUGCAAGGCUCCGUACAGCACUCUCCGAAGCCUCCCGAGACCUCAUCCUCAUGGAGGAGACUCUCUCCUACCUCGCAGAGUCCAUGCAGGAUCUGCUCGUGCCCGAGCUGCCGCAGGACUCCAAGGGUCAGCGACUGUUCGAGAUCCUCAACUGCAAGGGCAUGAGCCACAACGUCAGCUCGCGCAUCGAAGACAUGAGCAAGCUCAUCACCGGAGCUGGAAAUCAGCUAAAGAUCCUCCAGCGCAGCAUGGACAUCAUCACCACCCGGCAGCUGGAGAACAUCUUCCGCAACAUCGACAGCAACACCAAGUUCCUCGUCGACGCCUCCACGGCUAACGAGCGAUCCUCCGCCUCCCUCAGCGUCAUGCAGGUUGUGCUGGCAGGCGGCUUCUGCUUCAUGGUGGUCGACAGGCUGGCGGCUGGCACCCUCAACAUCAACCAGCCAGCCUGGGUCUACAGCAUCUUCUACGAGCCGCUCAUCGUCCCUCCAGGCUUGUGGUUUGCGUUCAACAUGAUCUGGCUCCUUGCUAGCUCCUACGGGCUCAUCCGCCUGAUGCGAUUCCUGGAGUUCUCCGCAUCAGGGGCCCUGACGCUGAGGGUGAAGCUGAACAAGAAGUACAAGAGCGUGGAGGGGCUUCACACCUUCUUCAGCGAGAAGAUCGUAGACUUCACCGAUACCGACGUGGAGUCAACGGUGACCCUGCGAGAGGUCGAGUGGGAGGAGGAGGGAGACGACGACAACGAGCUCAAGUGGCUGGGCUGCGCUCCUUCCAUCGAGAUGCAGUACGAUGCCGUCAACCAGUUCAUCCUCCGCGUCGUGUUCAGUGUGGACAGGAAGACGAGUUUCGCCACAGAGGAGGAUCUAGUGAAGAUUCUCCUCCAAGACCUCGUCAUGUCAGGAGCCAUGGAUAGGGAAGCAGCCUUCGGGCCUGACAUCGAGGAGGGGGAGGUCGAGCAUGCGCUAGAGCUGGCAAGAUUGGGGCACUCUACAGAGAAGAAGCAGAAGCAGACGGGGAUCUUCGGAUUCUUCUCGAAGAGUUCGUGA